AUGAUAGCUGGCCAGGGAUAUAUCUGUGCUGCACCAUCUAGCUACCAUGAAUUCACCGGCCCCGAGCCACUGCAGUACAAUGCCGAGGAUACAGAUAACGGCAAUAAAUGGAAGAUCACCAAGAAACUAGCUGCAUAUGAUGAGGAUGCUCGCCUUUGCGUGGACUACCUGCUUUCCCUACCUACUUGCAACGGUCGCGUGGGUGCCACUGGAAUGUGUCUGGGAGGCCAUCUAGCGUACAGAUGUGCACUCGACUCACGUAUCCAGGCUGCCGUGUGUUACUUUGCAACCGAUAUCCACAGUCAUUCGCUCGGAGAAGGGAAGAAUGAUGACUCUCUCCAGCGAGCAGGUGAUAUCAAAGGGGAACUAGUAAUGAUCUUCGGCAAGAAUGACAACCACGUCCCAGCGCCAGGUCGAGAUUUGAUUCGUAGCACCCUACAUGAGAAGGGUGUCUGCUUCAGCUUCUAUGAAGCUGCUUGGGCACAGCCAGCCAUUAUGUACGGAUACCUCUACGGAGAAUUAGGUUGGCUGACCAUUCUCAAAGAUGCAUUUAUCAGGGACGAGCUAAGCAAAGGUCGGUAUGACCCAGCACUGACCAAGGUGUGCGCCGAGAUGAUGUUUGAAGUCUUUGGGCGUACCUUGAAAGUUGAGCUAGGCGAGGGAGACGGCAAGGAGCUCGUUGUUGAAAACGUGUGCUAA